AUGGCAGAGGGCGGCGUGGCUCGGCACCCUCAAGUCUUUGUGGUGGACAGCCAAGCUGGCUUCUUCCCCGCUCCCAGACCUGUGAAAAAAACACGAUGGACUCCGACAGGAAACAAGGUUCUUCUGCUGGUGGUGGCGCUGGCCAUGCUGGGACUUGUUGUGGAGGGAUGUUUUGUCUAUAAACUUUACCUGAUAACUGAGGCAUUUUCCAUCUGUGUCUCAGAUCCUCUCUGUCGAAACAUGUCCAACACUAGAACAUCCGCCCAGCAGGUUGGCCCCUUAAAAGGUCGAGCGCCAUCGGACGGAGGCUCCGAUGAGGUUCACCCAGAAUCAACUCUGCUGGGGCCGAAGCCCUUUGCUCACCUGAUAUGCAGCAGCGAUCAGUUUGGGGAGAAAAAUGUGGUGCAGUGGUUGGACAAAGAUGGCGACUCCAUCACCCACCAGAUGGGCUACAAAAAUGGCCGCCUGUUGGUGGAGAAGGACGGUUAUUACUACCUCUACUCCAAAGUGCAAAUAAAUGCUGCAGAAGUGUGUUCGCUCAUCCAGCACAAAGUGAUGAAAGACACAGGAGCAUACGACCGAUCUAUAGAACUGAUGCAAUCAAAGAGGUCCCGCUGCUGGACUCGCGAACCUUCAAGUGUCAAGUCAUCAGGUGGGGAGGAUUUGUGGGACAGUUACCUGGCGGGAAUUUUCCACCUGCAGUCCGGAGAUCAAAUUUUUGUCACGGUGGAUAGCAUACGCAAGUUGCGUCCAGGAGCGACUGAAAAUUUUAUGGGCGCCUUUAUGAUAUCUCCACAGAAACAUGUUUAAAAAUAUAUAUAUCUCAUCACACAUGUGUUUCAUUGUGAUUAAUUUCUUCCUUCCUUUUAGUCUGAAUGUACUAGAAGCACUCCAAAAAAAAAAAAGAAAAUGAUUGAAAUCUCAAACUAUAUCUGAUAUUCAGACUUGAUUAUUGGUUGCGUGACUAAAAAUUCUCUGUAUUACCACAGUAUAUGAUUAUAUCUAUUCCGGAUUGUUAAAAUACUCCUAAAUUUGUUUGCAAUUAUAUUUAGUGCUCCAGUCACAUACAGGCUAACCACAAACUUACAGGUCACGUUACACAGUUGCAAAUUUGCUGAUGUGUCUUAAAACAUGCGCCUGCAAAGCAGUGUGUGUGUGCGGGUGUGCGUGUGUUAAGAGCAGGAUGUGGUGAGGGAUAGAUGCAAAAAGGAGAGGAUAGAAAGGCAACCAGAAAAACGACACCCAUGUUGGUGUGGUUGACUCAGCUUUUUGCAAAGUGUAAAGAAACAUCCAAUAUUCCGAUUCCGGCCUCCCUGUGUGGAGUUUGCAUGUUCUCCCCGGGUCUGCGUGGGUGUACUCCUGUUUCCCUUCCACAUUCCAGAAACAUGCAUGGCAGGUUAAUGGAGCGCUCUGAAUUGUCCCCAGGUGUGAAUGUGAGCAUGAGUGGUUGUUCGUCUCUGUGUGCCCUGCGAUUGGCUGACCAGUUUUGGGUGUCCUCCGCCUACUGACCAAAAACGGCUGGGAUAGGCUCCAGCGCAUCUUUUUAGCGUCUUUAAUUGAAGUUGAAAUCUUACACUUUGAUGACAUCUUGACUUUUAUUUAAAAAAGGAUUGUGAUGAAGUAUGGAGGCAGACUCAUUGUCCAAAUACGUUUCCAUCGCACUGUGUAAAUGUCGGUCUAGGACCUUUGCUAAAAGUACCAUUCUUCAGAUAAAAGUGCAUGCAAGGCUGCACAGCAUGGAAAUUGACAAAAAGAGUCUACAAGAUAUGGAAACCACGUGGUAAAUGGAGAGACCAUGUUUAGACAGACUCUUGAAAUAAUUGGGUUAUUUCCUGUCAUAAGCACCGAAUCAACACAUCCGCAUCUCCUGUGUACACCUUACAACAUGAAUGUUGGGCAGUAUGUGGUUGGUGGUAAUCUCAAAACAAUUCAAAAACGGAUUUACUCGGAAUUUACAUCUGUUCAUUGAAAAUAAUAAAUCUUCAGUGAAAAAUAUAACUUUCUACAGCAUGUAUUUAAUCAUACAGUACCUGUCUGGCUUUUAUACAUUUAUC